ACCCCCGUCCACACCCGCGGUCCCCGGGCGGCAUGGCGCGCGCGGUGGGGCCCGAGCGGAGGCUGCUGGCCGUCUACACCGGCGGCACCAUCGGCAUGCGGAGCGAGCUGAGCGUGCUCGUGCCUGGGACGGGCCUGGCUGCCACCCUGAGGACGCUGCCCAUGUUCCAUGAUGAGGAGCACGCCCGAGCCCUUGGCCUCCCUGAGGACACCCUGGUGCUGCCCCCGGCCAGCCCCAACCAGAGGAUCCUCUACACCGUGCUGGAGUGCCAGCCCCUCUUCGACUCCAGUGACAUGACCAUCGCUGAGUGGGUUCGCGUUGCCCAGACCAUCGAGAGGCACUAUGAGCAGUACCACGGCUUCGUGGUCAUCCACGGCACGGACACCAUGGCCUUCGCCGCCUCCGUGCUGUCUUUCAUGCUGGAGAACCUGCAGAAGACUGUCAUCCUCACCGGGGCCCAGGUGCCCAUCCACGCCCUGUGGAGCGAUGGCCGUGAGAACCUGCUGGGCGCACUGCUCAUGGCUGGCCAGUAUGUGAUUCCAGAGGUCUGCCUCUUCUUCCAGAAUCAGCUGUUUCGGGGCAACCGGACAACCAAGGUGGACGCUCGGAGGUUUGCGGCCUUCUGCUCCCCGAACCUGCCACCUCUGGCCACCGUGGGUGCUGAUGUCACAAUCAAUAGGGAGCUGGUGCGGAGGGUUGGCAGGAAGGCUGAGCUGGUGGUGCAUGACAGCAUGGAGCAGGACAUGGGGCUGCUGCGCCUCUACCCCGGGAUCCCCACUGCUCUGGUUCGGGCGUUCCUGCAGCCUCCCAUGAAGGGCGUCGUCAUGGAGACUUUCGGCUCAGGGAACGGACCCAGCAAGCCCGACCUGCUUCAGGAGCUGAGGGUGGCGACCGGGCGCGGCCUGGUCAUUGUCAAUUGUACCCACUGCCUCCAAGGGACUGUGACCAUGGACUAUGCCGCGGGCAUGGCCAUGGUGGGGGCUGGCGUCAUCUCAGGCUUCGACAUGACGUCAGAGGCUGCCCUGGCCAAGCUGUCGUAUGUGCUGGGCCAGCCGGGGCCGAGCCUGGAUGACAGGAAGGAGCUGCUGGCCAAAGACCUUCGUGGGGAGAUGACACCACCCUCGGCAGAGGAGCGCUGGCCCUCACUGCAGGGCACCACGCUGGGCUGUGGGGUCUCCUGGCUCCUCAGUCUGAGUGGUGGCCAGGAGGCGGAUGCCCUGCGGAGCGCCCUGAUACCCAGCCUGGCCUGUGCUGCCGCCCGAGCCGGUGACCUGGAGGUGCUGCAGGCACUGGUGGAGCUGGGCAGUGACCUGAGCCUGGUGGACUUUAAUGGCCAAACCCCACUGCAUGAGGCUGCCCGGGGAGGGCACACAGAGGCCGUCGCUGUACUGCUGCAGGGAGGUGUGGAUGUGAACGCCCGGGACACGGAUGGCCUCAGCCCGAUGCUGCUGGCUGUUCGGGGCAGGCAUCCCGGCGUCGUGGGGUUGCUGCGGGCGGCCGGGGCCUCCCUGUCUGCCCAGGAGCUGGAGGGGGCAGGGACAGAGCUAUGCAGGCUGGCAUCCAGGGCUGACCUCAAAGGCCUGGAGGUGUGGUGGCAGGCAGGGGCUGACCUGGGGCAGCUGGGUUAUGACGGGCACAGCGCCCUGCAUGUCGCGGAGGCAGCUGGAAACCUGGCAGUGGUGGCCUUUCUACAGAGUCUGGAGGGUGCGGUCAGUGCCCAGGCCCCAGGCCCGGAAGUGCUGCCUGGUGUCUAACCUGAAGCUCUCCUGCUGCAGUGUAAGCCAUUCCUUCCUCCUGUGACCUGCUGGAGGGUCUCAGGCAUGACCCCCUGCUGGGGCUGCUUUCCAGCCCAUUCUCAGGCAAAGCCUGAAGGCCUUUGUUGGGCAGAAUGGCAAUAAAGUCUCUGGGCAUCUCCUCUCCAGGUCCCCAGAGCCUGGUUCUGA